CCCCUCAACGCUUGCAACUUAAGAAAGAAACGAACACGAAAUUGAUUCAUAUCAUAUUUUUGUAUCUAAUCUAUUCUAUAUAUCCUUUUCAACACAAACCACCCACGCCUCUUCCUCCACCAAACCCUACACCUUCCCUGAUUUCGCACUGCACAGGUUUUAUGUAGCUUGAGUUGUGUCGGUGAAUAUUUGAUGCAUGAUGAUAGUUGAGAUGGAUAAAAAAUCUGCUUCCCCAUCAUGGGAACGUGCAAAACGCCUUUAUGAGAAGAACCUUGAAUUGGAGAAUAAGCGCCGAAGAUCAUCUCAGGCGCAGGUCCCAUCAGAUCCAAAUGCUUGGAUGCAGAUCCGUGAGAAUUAUGAAGGAAUAAUUCUUGAGGAUUAUGUUUUUUCUCAGCAGCACAAUAUUGAAUGUGCUCUGUGGCAAUUACAUUAUAAGCGUAUUGAAGAAUUACGGGCAAACUUUAGUGCUGCUGUUACUUCUGUAAGCUCUAAAUCAUCUCAAGGUGGGAAAGGUCCUAUUCGACCGGAUCGGAUAACUAGAAUAAGGCUGCAGUUUAAGACUUUCCUUUCAGAAUCGACUGGAUUUUACCAUGAUCUUAUUAUGAAAAUCAGAGCAAAGUAUGGACUUCCUCUUGGUUACUUCGAGGACUCGGAGAAUCGGGUUGUGAUGGAGAAGGAUGGAAAGAAAUCUGCUGAGAUGAAGAAAGGUUUAAUAUCUUGUCAUCGUUGUUUGAUAUACUUGGGUGAUCUUGCUCGCUACAAAGGAUUGUAUGGCGAGGUUGACUCCAAAAAACGCGAGUUUACAGCAGCUUCGAGUUACUAUCUACAAGCUGCAUCUAUUUGGCCUCCAAGUGGGAACCCCCACCAUCAGCUAGCUUUAGUGGCUUCAUAUACUGGAAAUGAGUUGGCUGUUAUUUAUCGUUAUUUUCGUAGUCUAGCUGUGGACAGUCCAUGUACAACUGCCAGGGACAAUUUGAUAGUCGCAUUUGAGAAGAAUCGCCAAAGUUACUCUCAGCUUUCUGGUGACGUUAAAGCUCUUGCAGUCCAGGAGUCUUCUGGGAAAUUAGCUGGCAAAGGAAGAGGAAAAGUGGAAACCAAACAUGUGACUAAGGGUGAUGGUGUGGAACCUUUACCUAGAAAGGCAGGAGCAUCAAAUAUACAAGUGACCUACAAGUCCUUCUGCACUCGCUUUGUCCGUCUGAAUGGAAUCUUGUUCACUCGUACAAGCCUUGAGAACUUCACUGAAGUACUCUCUCUUGUUAGAAAUGGCCUGCGUGAGCUUCUUUCUUCAGGUCAAGAUGAAGAGCUGAAUUUCGGCAUGGAUAUUCUUGAGAGUGGUCUUGCCAUUGUCAGAAUUGUUUCCAUUAUCAUAUUUACAGUUCAUAAUGUAAAUAAGGAAUCUGAAGGUCAAACCUACGCAGAAAUAGUACAUCGUGCUGCACUACUUCAGAAUGCAUUCACAGCAGCUUUUGAGUUGAUGAGUUUCAUAGUAGAGAGAUGUUUGCAGCUGCAGGAUCCUUCCUGUAGUUAUCUUUUACCAGGAAUAUUAGUUUUUGUUGAGUGGUUGGCAUCUCAUCCAGAUCUUGCUGCAGGAAAUGAUGUGGAUGAGAAUCAAGCAAUUGUUAGAUCAAAAUUUUGGAAUUCUUGUAUUUCCUUCUUGAACAAGCUACUUUCAGUUGGGGCUAUUUCUAUUGAAGACAAUGAGGAGGAGACUUGCUUUAAUAACAUGAGCCGGUAUGAAGAAGGGGAAACUAAAAACCGACUUGCUUUGUGGGAGGACUUCGAGUUAAGAGGAUUUGUUCCACUUCUCCCUGCACAAACAAUCUUGGAUUUUUCAAGGAAGCAUUCCCUUGGAAGUGAUGGUGAAAAGGAAAGAAAAGCUCGAGCCAAAAGAAUUUUAGCUGCAGGAAAGGCUUUAGCAAAUGUUGUUAGGAUUGAUCAGAAAAUGAUAUAUUUCGACUCCAAGGGAAGGAAAUUUGUAAUUGGUGUGAAGCCUCUAACUUCAGAUGAUUUUGUUCUUGCCUCCUAUUCGAGCAUACCUGAUGUAAAAGAUCUAUUGAAAGAAAAUACAGCAGACAAGACAAAGGCAGGAAUUGUUCAGCCAGACCACCACCAGCAUACGGAAGAAGAGGAUGAUGAUGAGAUUAUUGUUUUCAAACCUAUAAUGGCCGAGACACGAGCUGAUACAGUGGUUGUCUCAUCAUGGGCAUCCCAUGAAGGCUUAGAGUCAGUUUCAACAGCUUCCGGAGGGAAUAUAAAACUUAAUGCUAUUUGUACUUCCAAUGCUCUCAAUGAUGUGAACCAUCAAACUACUUUACCUGUUUCUGUUAGUGGCAUGGUGCCUCAACACUUACAACCAGUUCAGCCACAUUAUUCGAGCUGGUUAGAGGAAGAAAUAUCUCUUGCCAACAGUUUUAAAGGUCUUGGGUUUUUGGAGAAUGGGCACAUGAUGAAACCUGACCUGACACUUCAAGAAACUGUAGCAAUCUCAAACCAUGCUGCAACUGGAGUUCCUAUCCAGCAAUCUAAAAGUACUGCCACUGGUGUAUUUUAUGGUAUCUCAGGAGCUGAAGACUUAACAAUAUCAUCCAAAGUUGAUAAUAUCAAUACUGAUAACUCUGUUGUGAAGACAUCAUCAGCCUUGCAAGCUGGUUUGAAAAAAUCUCCUGUUAGCCGACCUUCUAGACACCAUGGACCUCCUCCUGGUUUCAGCCAUGUACCUCCUCCUGGUUUCAGCCAUGUUCCUCCUCCUGGUUUCAGCCAUGUUCCUCCUAAACAAGUUAUGGAUGAUUACAGUUGGAUGGAUGGAUAUCAUUAUCCUGCAUCAACCAAAGAUUUAGGCCCCAAUAGUACUCUUACUUACUCUCAGUCAAAUCCUCAACAAGUCAGUAACAAUGGAUUGAGUGGGUCAGUCUGCUUUCCCUUCCCUGGAAAACAAGUUUCAUCUGCACUGCAGGGGGGAAAACAGUAUGGUUGGCAAGAUUAUCAUACUUUUGAGCUUUUAAAAGCACACCAGAAUCAACAGCUGCAGCCACAACAACCACUCACAACAGAAAAUCAGCAUUCCACUCAACUGCCUGAGCAAUUUCAAGGACAGUCAAUCUGGACUAGUCAUUCCUUUGUGUGAUAUCAGUAUAAGAAUAUUGAUGGUCCUUGAAGGAUUAUUACAAAUGUGCCAUGCCUUCUCUGCCCAUUCAAACUCCAAUUCUGAUGGCUUGUCAUUGAAUGUUGUUGGAGUUUUUUUGGCCUAGACUUGGUUCCAGGAACUUGUUACUACAUAAGGUUUUACUGAGCUCUCAAGCCUGAACAAGGAAGAUAAGCAUGUUGUUUGCGGUUCAAAUUUCAUAACUAAAAUGCGUUGUCUGGUUUGGGGUUGGAUAGAAGGUGAUAUAUAAAAGAUUAUCCAGCAUGAUGGAGCUUCUAUCUUUUAGUAUUGGUGCGUAUGACUAUGGUUUGUUCACUUCUCCAGUGGAAAAUUUUCAUAACAGUGCUCCUAUACGAAAUAUUACCAUCAUCUAGGUACCAAUGAUCCACUCUGCUAGCCCCUUUUGUUGUCUGAAGUUGCGGGGCAUGUUCAAGUAAUUACAUGUGUUUAGUGGUUGCAACUUCAUUAAGUUCUUAUAAUGUGUUCACAUUAUCCAUGAGAUACGGUUCACUUGUUUUUUUGCCAAGUUGGGAUUUACUCAAUCUUUUAGCUAAAUAAUGCCUGUUGGAUGGUUUGAUUGUUGAUGUCGAGGUUUAUAUGAACAGAAUAUAUCUAUCUGUAAUGAUAUUUAAUUGCAUCUAUUUUCUC